AAGAUAGAUGAAGAGAAUGAGGCAAACUUGCUAGCCGUCCUCACAGAAACAUUGGACAGUCUCCCUGUGGAUGAGGAUGGAUUGCCCUCAUUUGAUGCACUGACAGAUGGAGAUGUGACCAACGACAAUGAUACUAGCCCUUCGCCUAUGCCUGACGGCACCCCUCCAGCCCAGGAGGCAGAAGAGCCGUCUCUACUUAAGAAGCUCUUACUGGCUCCAGCCAACACUCAGCUAAGUUAUAAUGAAUGCAGUGGUCUCAGUACUCAGAACCAUGCAAAUACUAAUCAUAGGAUCAGAACAAACCCUGCGGUUGUUAAGACCGAGAAUUCAUGGAGCAAUAAAGCGAAGAGCAUUUGUCAACAGCAAAAGCCACAAAGGCGUCCCUGCUCAGAGCUCCUCAAGUAUCUGACUACAAAUGAUGACCCUCCCCAGACCAAACCAACAGAGAGCAGGAACAGCAACAAAGACAAAUGCCCUUCCAAAAAGAAGCCCCAUCUCCAGUCUCAGCCGCAUCAUUUGCAAGCCAAACCAACAAGUUUAUCACUUCCUUUGACACCCGAGUCACCAAAUGAUCCCAAGGGUUCCCCAUUUGAGAACAAGACUAUUGAAAGAACCUUAAGUGUGGAACUCUCUGGAACUGCAG